UCAGCAGCGCACAGUUCAGUUCUUCCUGAAGAAGAGAUGAAGAUGCUGCACUUGUCUGUGAUUCUGCUCACGCUGUCCGGUGUUCUCACUCAGGACAACAGCUGGAGUGUGAAAUAUCCAGAUCCGAUCUGUGCUGUGAGAGGAAUCAGUGUCUCCAUUCCCUGUCGUUAUUCUUAUCCACGGCAAAAAUAUCAGUUGGUACGAAUGUUUUGGUGCUCGAUGAACUUGAAUAAAGACGACACAAAGAAGUGUACAAGUCCACCGUAUGUUUAUGACAGCAGAUCAAACACCAAGUCGGACUUCGAGUUCGUCGGAGACGACAAAUCAGACUGCACUUUGUUAAUCCACAAUGUACAGUUCAGUUAUUCUGGAGAGUACAAAUUCAGAUUUAUGACUAAUGUGACCGGUUUCAGUUGGACAGGUGAUCCUGGAGCGACUCUACAAGUGGCAGAUUUAAAGGUGUCACUAAUCAGGCUCAGUGGAAACGGAACCCUUAAACAAGGAGACUCGUUAAAUCUGACGUGUGAUGUGAACUGCACACAAAGUUCCUCACAGUUUGUGUGGUCUAAGAACAACGAGCGCUUGCCUGAAUCAGGACGCGUUCUUCACUUUCCUGCUGUAACCGUGAGGGAUUCUGGGAGUUACACCUGCACUUGGAAAACCAACAUGACGUCAGGAUCUAAAACGAUCAGCCUUCUCGUCGAGGGUAAAAAUCCUGAACAUCCUGGUCACUGGUCAGUCUGGAUCAUUGUUUUAGUGACAGCUGGAGUGAUUUUCAUGGUCUUAGCUGUCCCAGCUGUGAUUUACAUCAGGAGGUGCGUCCACACUGAUCAGCUGAAGGAGGACGAUUCAGACGUCUACACCACAGUACAGUACAAUACGUUCACCAUGAACUGAUCACACUUUCACACCUCAGCUACUUCAUUACAGACUUCUGGAGUAAAUAAAUAAAUAAACGAAUACAUUAUAUAUAUAUAUAUAUAUAUAUAUAUAUAUAUAUAUAUAUAUAUAUAUAUAUAUAUAUAAAUGAUAUCAUAUUAUAUUUCUAAUUAUAUAAAUGAAUGAUGAAAAAGGAUUAUAAUUAUGGGUAUGCUGGAUAUCUUAAAUUUCUUAUGGGAGUCUUCCGGUACACACAUAUGUAAGGUAGACCUUUCUAAAAAUAUAUUUUAAAGAUGCAGUUUGAAAAAAACGGAUGGGAGUGUUUCAUCAGAGAGAGAGAGAGAGAGAGAGAGAGAGAGUUUCUUAAUCUGCAGGAGAUUCUGGUGUUUCUCAAAUAUAUUUAAACAUGACACUGAGUCCAUGUUAUUUUCUCUUUUUAUUUCCUCACUUUAUUUAUUAACAGAGCAGAAGUGAUGUUAACGAUUAUUCCAGAUUUAAGAACGUCACUGUCAUAUACACAAAUUUUUGUUUGUACAAUGAAAUGAUUAGCUUUGUUCUCAAGGAUGCUGCAUUAUUAAAUUACAGAUUCAUAUUGAAACAAGAUCAAAUAUUUCAUCAGAGUUAAUAUAAAAACUAUUCGACAUAAAUAACAUGGUGGUAAAGUACAGUAAAGGUAGUGUUGGGGAUAUUUACACGAGGUUUUGUGCAACUGAAGGUAAUGUGUAAAUGAGAACUUGCUAUAGUCAUUAUGUUCAUUGUUUAAUGUGUUUGUCUGCUAUGGCUUGACUUUCAUGUGAAUAAAGGUUUUAUUAUAUUUAAAUUGA